AUGAGUGUGUUUCUCCCAGGACUAUACUACCCAGGGUUUGAUGUAGUCGAGGACACUGACAUCCCAGGACAUCCUGAUGCCUUACAGCAUUUGGACAGCGUCUCAGAGGCCCAAGGCUUUAAUCUAGGCUUCCUGAAGAUCUGGAGGCCGUUCUUUCUGUGUGAUCUGUCCGUGGCUGUUCUCAAAGACACAUUCUGGUGGUUCUUCCUCCACAGAUUUAAGCCUAAUGUGGAGGAGGAGAGCCAGUUGUUUGAUCGGAUCUCUGGAGCCUUUGUCUCUCUGCUGAUGACCGUUCAGAUGGACCUGAAGGACAAGCUCUUUAAGGUGUAUGCAGACUGCCUGGCCCAGGCGGUUUACGCAGCGUUCUACGGAGCGUUCCCUGAGUCCAUGGAACGUCUAGGCCAUGACUUCAAGACAGACCUGACUGACCUCAUCUCCCUCUGGGUGUCAGGUGUGAAGCCCACCCUGUUGUCAUGGCAGAGCUGGAAUCUGGGCUGGCUGGAUCCUGUAGACACGUCCGGGAAGAGCCAUGGAGAGUCAGCAUGUGAUUCACGGAGGGUUUACAUCUACUGA